AUGUUGUGGUGCUUCAACCUUGUAACUGACCCAACUUCCCCCGACUUCAUCUUUAUAUUCAAAUUUCACUCCAAAGUUUCGAAAAAACACGUUUUUUCGAAAUAUCUAAAAAAUUCGCCCCUUUCUCCCAACUUUUCGGAUUUUUCCUGAAAACUACAUUAAAUUUCCCACCUAUAGAAAAAAACCCCACCCCUCUACGACCUCUCAAACUUCCGGAGGACUUUUUUUUAGCUGAGUGCCUUGUUACUAUUAUAU